GCUGUUCGGUGGUCGGGCUGUCUAGGAUUCUUUUUGAUUACUUCUGUGAAGUUAGAGUACAUUCAUUCGUUUAUUAUAUUCUUUGUCUCACGAAGGGGUUCUUGUUUUCGCAGCAGCAUCAGUUUAACGACUUAAACGACUGUACUUAGAGUCUGCGUAGUUCAUCUCGAUAAAUAAAAAAUGCCGGGUUAGAGAGAAACUUACCUAGAGUGAAGACUGGUUAAGAAGCAAGAGGGAGACAUUAAAAUGCUGAAUCGGAGAGAAACUUACAAGUUACAAAGAGAGAGGCAUUGCCAUCAAGCGAGAGGGAGAUAAUUGAAGGCUGGGUCAGAGAGAAACAUGUGAGAGGGGCAACAGAGAUCGCAUGAUGGAGUUAUUAAAGAUCGUUACCAUGCCGACGAAGGUGGUCUGUUCCCGAGAGACAGUUUUACAGCUUAGAGUGUAUGCAAAGCAGCUUCACACCCUCACUGAACAAUACCAAGAACUCAUUGACUCUCAUGUUGUGGAGUUCUUUGUGAAGAAACAAUGGGAGAUGUUUCCAAAGUCAUGGCAAGCAGCACUUGAUGGACUACCACCAGAUAACCUGGCUAAUCUAUUACUAGAUCAGGAGAUGCAACAGCAGCAGACUGUCUGGCCUCUGUCCCUCUUGGCCUACCGAGCUGCCACACGGGCCCUGGCCCUAGACCCCACCCCAACCGUAGGGGACUCCAUCAGCAUCAAAAUGGACCCGGCUUUGAAACCCAUCAAUCUACUAUGCAGGCUGCAUGUCAAAAAGAAAAAGAAGCAUGAAAUCCUACGUAUGGCAGAGGUGAUCAACUCGGCAUCUAGUCUUGCAGGUACGGAGAGGGUAGUGGACGUUGGUUCAGGUCAUGGUCAUCUGUCCAGGCUACUGUCCUUUGGGUACGGUCUCAAGGUCACCAGCAUCGAGGCGGUCGGAUGCCACUUGACCGGCGCAGCCAAGGUAGACAAGAAAAUAAAGACCAUUAUUCGAAAGAGGAUAGAAAAGCAAUCCAAUCAACCCAUCGAUGGUAUUCCCCACACUCCGCCCCAGCAUGUGGAAUGUACUGUUCACCCGCAGAUUACAGUGAAAGAGUUCCUGAAUGUCAUAAACAAUCAAUCGGCUAACAGUGAUAACCUGGACCAGUUCAAGAAUCACAGCAGGGUGGGGGCAGCUCAUCCUGCAGAGGGACAAAACUCAGAGGAUAUUUUACCUGUAAAGUCUAAUGAAACAUCUACCAUCAGUCCUAAUCAUCUCUUACACGAACCUCAACAUUCAGAUUAUCAUGCCAGAAAGGAGUCCAGUAAUGCUUUCCGCGAAACUGAUACCUAUGAAGCAUCGAAGCUCGAUUCACGGAAGUCAGGUGAUAGAAGCUCUGAUACGUUUGUGAUAGCUGGACUUCACACGUGCGGAGACCUAGCCCCUACAAUGCUGCGUGUCUUCUCCAAGUGUGCCCAGGCAAGGGCUCUAACCUCGGUCGCUUGCUGCUACAUGAAAAUGAAAUGCGCUCUUCCCGGCGAGGCAGCUCCGUUGCCUUCCGCAGAGGCCCAGGAAACUGUCCAAAAUGGCAUCUCCAGGAAGAGAAGCCAUUCUCCUUCCUCGCAAGAUUCUUCCACUUCAGAUGACAGCCAUGAUAUAUUGGAAAGUUCAAGUGAAACAACAAACUUAAAUUCUGACAGUUGUCAAAUGGAUGACAAUAGGACGUUGAACUUGAAGGGUUAUCCCAUGAGUGAGUUUGUGCAGAGUCUUGGUGGCGCGGUUAUUGAGUUUACAGCCAUGGACCUAGGAUGCCAUUUCCUGGAAAGCUACCGCAAGAAAUUAAAAGCAUCAGACAGAAAUCCCUACCUCAAUCUCCAUGGUUACCGUGCAACUCUAGAGGUCGUCAUUCAGGGAUUUGACCGGGAGAUGACCCAGUGUCAUUCCGGCAUCUGUAGAAUCAAGAAGGCGGUGGCCAGCGUCAGAAAACCACACCUCAAGACGUUCCAAGAGUACGCUGCUUCUGCGCUUGAAGCCCUUGGGAUUCCGUACGAAGAUCGUCAUCUCGCAGACCUGGAAGAGAGGUAUCGUCCCGAAUGGACCAAUGUCAUCACUUACCAUGUGCUUCGAAUCAUGAUGGGCCCCAUCGUAGAGAGUUUACUCCUGCUGGACAGGGUCUUGUACCUCUAUGAGCAAGGCAUCGAGAGCAAACUGGUUCCGGUAUUCGAUGCUGAUAUUUCUCCAAGGAAUUUUGUACUGGUGGCAGUAAAAGACUCUUGACUGUA